GCAUUAGUCUGUCCCAGGCCUCCGCAGGCGCCGAUGAUUAAAUCAUCAUCAUUAACCAGGGCUUGCUACCCCCCCAAUCCCCAGCAGCCGGGGGAAAAUGUGGGGGGGCAGUAAGAUCACUAAGUCCCUGGGGGAUCUCCUUCCCCACCCCACGCUCUCUAAGACUCCGCAAAGCCCCUAGAAACUCCGGCAGCGGAGCUGGAAGAAGGCCUGCCGUCUGGGUGAAGCUCCGCAACGCGUCAGCCUACAAGGCGGCCUUCCCAGGAGAAGACCCAAGCCUUCCUUCUUCAGCUGGGUCACAGUCACUGGAGACUGACGUGCCUGAGCGGUAGCUGGCGGUGAUCGCCAGGCCUUUUGGGAGAAUGAGCGAAUCCGAAAAGACCUAGGCCCUCGUUGCCUGGAGACAAGUCCCGCCCCGCAGGCGGCACCGGAAGUGGCAGGCCAGGAUCAGCCUUUAAGAUGGCGUCUCCUCAGGGGGGCCAGAUUGCGAUCGCGAUGAGGCUUCGGAACCAGCUCCAGUCAGUGUACAAGAUGGACCCGCUACGGAACGAGGAGGAGGUCCGAGUGAAGAUCAAAGACCUGAAUGAGCAUAUCGUUUGCUGUCUGUGCGCUGGCUACUUCGUGGAUGCCACCACUAUCACUGAGUGUCUUCAUACUUUCUGCAAAAGUUGCAUCGUGAAGUACCUGCAAACCAGCAAGUACUGCCCCAUGUGCAACAUCAAGAUUCACGAGACCCAGCCACUGCUCAACCUCAAACUGGACCGGGUCAUGCAGGACAUCGUAUACAAGCUAGUGCCUGGCUUGCAAGACAGUGAAGAGAAACGAAUUCGGGAAUUCUACCAGUCUCGAGGCUUGGACAGGGUCACUCAGCCCAGUGGGGAAGAGCCAGCCCUCAGCAACCUUGGCCUCCCCUUCAGCAGCUUCGACCACUCCAAAGCCCACUACUAUCGCUAUGAUGAGCAGCUAAGCCUAUGCUUGGAGCGACUGAGUUCUGGCAAAGACAAGAAUAAAAGUGUUCUGCAGAAUAAGUAUGUCAGAUGUUCUGUUAGAGCUGAGGUACGCCAUCUCCGGAGGGUCCUUUGUCACCGCUUGAUGCUAAAUCCACAGCAUGUACAGCUCCUUUUUGACAAUGAAGUUCUCCCCGAUCACAUGACAAUGAAACAGAUAUGGCUCUCCCGCUGGUUCGGCAAGCCAUCCCCUUUGCUUUUACAAUACAGUGUGAAAGAGAAGAGGAGGUAGGGGCCAAGCCCCAACCCCAUCCCUUACCCCUUCCCUUCCCAGAUAUUUAUGUGAAAUUAACUGUGGCUUUAUUUUUUGAAAUAAAAGCUUUAAAAAAGCAUCUUUCUUCUUCCUGCCA